AGGCGUUGUCAAAACAGAAAUAGCUGGGGAGUACACUGUUGGCUCGCUGUUUCUGAGACUCUGAAAAUUGUAUUAGGUGGUUGCUUUCUUAUGUAGGAUCCAUGUAUGAUUUUCUACCGAGCUCUGUCGGUAGUAGGAUACAGGGUGUAGUAAAUAAGUACAAAUGGUCUGCAUAACUGCAUUUAGCACUUUAAUUUGACUUUUCAUGUCAUUGUAGGACGUGCACAUUUAUGGUUACAUGCAGUAGAAAUAGAGUUUUUGCACUGUGCGUUUCAUGUUGCUUUUAGUUCCCGUAUAGUAGCGAACUUUUUGUAGGAGGUAUGACCGAUUCGUAUGAAUUGAUGGAAUUACAGGAGAGUCUGAGAGAAGCUGCGGCAAUCGGAGAUCUAGAGGAGGUUCGGAAUUUGGUGGAAAAGGGUGCUGAUGUGAACUCGCAAAAUUUAAUUAACGGAUGGACCUGUUUACACUGGGCUUGCAAGCGGAACCAUCCAAAUAUAGUCUCGUACUUGCUUGAUGUAGGCGCUGAUAAGGAAAUUCUCACAGUCAAAGGUGAAAAAGCAGUACAGCUAACUUCAAAGCCUGAUGUCAGAAAAAUUCUGGGAGUGCAAGAAGAUGAAUUAAUCGAUGAAAAGAAGCCAACAGAGCUGCCUAUUAUUCCAAACUAUAUUUCCAAUACUUCUUUCCCCUUUGUAAAAGACAAAAGUGCUUCAGCUGAUACUAAUGAUAUCUCAGCAGCUCGCAAUGGAGUAAAUCAUUUGUCAACUGAUACUAGUUCUUCAGAAAUGACCCAGGAUAAAAACACACAUUCUCAUACCCCCUCAAGAAAGGAAAAUGCUGCAGAACAAGUUUGUAAUGGAACAGUGGCCAACAGAGUGCCACCAUUGUCUGGGACUGAAUAUAAAUUGUCUGGACACCAGACUGGGCCCAUAUACCCAAGGCCAGUUACACAGAGUGCCUCUUUGUGCUCACCCAUUACAAGUAACCCAAUGUCUCAGCAACAGAAUGGAAUAAGCAUGGGAUCCCUGCCUGCCUUUCAGCCCUUCUUCUUCACUGGUGCUUUCCCAGUCAGCAUGCAAGAGCUGGUACUCAAAGUGAGAGUUGAGAACCCUUCUGUUAAAGACAAUGAUUUCAUCGAAAUUGAAUUAGACAGACAAGAACUCACGUAUCAGACACUUUUAACAACCUGUUGCAAGGAGCUGGGCACCAGACCAGAAGAAGUGUCAAAAAUUAGAAAAUUACCCAACACACUGCUAAGAAAGGACAGGGAUGUUGCAAGGCUUCAAGACUUUCAGGAACUGGAAGUGGUUUUACUGAAGAAUGACAACUUGCCCCUUCUAUCAAGUACAUUGCAAGGACCGCUGACAGAGCGACCCUGUUUUAAUGCAACUGCUUCAAAACUGACCUACUAAAUCUGAAGAAGAGAAGAACGAGAUCCUUCUUAUCAAGUGAUUUUUUUCUAAGCAGUUUUUAAUUAUUAAAAACUUAAGAAAUUAUAUUUUUUAAAUAAUUUUACUAAAA